ACUGAGCCUAACCACKGCCAAGCUAUCRUCAAAGAUGCUCAUACAAUUACUCAAACCUGACUUUUCUCAAGAGGGUUCUUCUAGAUUUAUGAAAGAGAAAGAAGUGUACUCCAUGUUUAUCAAGUAUAUACGGCAGGUAGCACGUGGAGAAAGGGGAGCUGUUUCUCUAGCCUCUAUUCUUAUCUUCACAACGGRAGCCAGUGAAGAGCCAGUGCUUGGAUUUGCUAAACAUCCACAUAUCGACUUUCAAUCACCAGAGAUACCAGGGGUCCUAGAAACCAGUCCAUAUUAUUUCCUUCCAAGAGCUCACACAUGCUCAAAUGGCCUUACUUUACCUAUGUAUUCAUUGGAUGGUCAGUUACCAAAUGAGAAAGAACUCUUUGAAGUSUAUGAUAUGGCUUUUUUAAAUGAUCACUUUGGUUCAGUGUAAUAGGUUGCAUUUCAUCCAUCUCUAUGAAAGUGAUAUGGGAUACAUUGUUUAGGUUAUGGUGUUACAUUUUAUUUUGCACACUAUUAGGAGUGUUUUCUUGCUUUUCAUAUUUUUGGAUUUCUGUAAGUUGUUACAGCAGAGCAAUUAUUUAAUCUAUGACAUAAAAACUAAAUAGUUCUUAAAUUAGUCACUAUUUUGUACUUAAAUAUGAUAGCAUUCAAGUAAAUCAACUUGUAGCUCAAUACUCGCAGACAUUAAAUACACAAGAAUCAAAUUGAGUCAUUUAUUCUUUAUUUCAUUUAUACUGUGAUAUCAAUAAAUGAAUAAAUGAAAUAACUUGAUUCUUGUCUAUCUAAUGUUUCCAGAGUACUGAACUAUAUUUUGAGUGCAAUUAUUUAUUUAAGUGACUAAUUCUUAAGAAGUAUUAAGUUUUUAUUUCAUAGAUUAMAUAAAAUUGCUUUACUACAUGGCCAUGAAUAGUUCAAAAUCAAC